GAAAACGCCAGCUACCAAGAAAAGGGUGGCUCCACCAAGAUACUGGAGGAGAAAAAAAUAAUGCUAGUUGGUUAGUGUAGGAGUCGCCGCUCGGAUCAAUCCAUUACUCGUCCUAUUUGAAGACCCCGGGGGGAAAAGUCGAUACGUUUCUGAAACGGUGGUGUUGAUAGGUGAUGCUGGGAGUAUUAGAAAUGACGGGCAGCAACAUGGCGAACGCCCUGGCAAACGCGUCGUGCGAGCGCUGUAAGAGCGGCUUCGCCCCGGCAGAGAAGAUCGUCAACAGCAACGGGGAGCUGUACCACGAGGGCUGCUUCGUCUGCGCACAGUGCUUCCAGCAGUUCCCCGAGGGGCUCUUCUAUGAGUUUGAAGGCAGGAAAUACUGUGAACAUGACUUUCAGAUGCUCUUCGCUCCCUGCUGCCACCAGUGUGGGGAGUUCAUCAUUGGCCGUGUGAUCAAGGCCAUGAACAACAGCUGGCAUCCUGAUUGUUUCUGCUGUGAUAUCUGCCAGGCUGUGCUCGCUGACGUCGGCUUCGUCAAGAACGCUGGCAGGCACCUGUGUCGACCCUGUCAUAACCGUGAGAAGGCUAGAGGUCUGGGGAAGUACAUCUGUCAGAAAUGCCAUGCCAUCAUCGAGGACAGCCCCCUCAUCUUUAAGAACGACCCCUACCACCCCGACCACUUCAACUGCAACAACUGUGGUAAGGAGCUGACAGCAGAUGCCAGAGAGCUGAAGGGAGAGCUGUACUGUCUGCCCUGCCAUGAUAAGAUGGGGGUGCCGAUCUGUGGCGCCUGCAGGAGGCCCAUCGAGGGACGCGUGGUCAACGCCAUGGGCAAGCAGUGGCACGUCGAGCACUUUGGGUGUAGUGUAUGUGAGCGAUCGUUCCAGGGCCAUCCCUACUAUGAAUGUAAGGGCUAUGCCUACUGCGAGUGGCACUUUAACAUGCAUUUUGUGUGUGCUAAGUGUGAGAAGCCGUUCCUUGGACACCGCCACUAUGAGAGGAAGGGUCUGGCCUACUGUGAGACCCACUACAACCAGCUCUUUGGUGAUGUGUGCUUCCACUGCAACAGAGUGAUUGAAGGAGACGUGGUUUCAGCCCUGAACAAAGCAUGGUGUGUGAACUGUUUCUCCUGCGCCACCUGCAACACCAAGCUCACCCUCAAGAACAAGUUUGUGGAGUUUGACAUGAAGCCUGUGUGUAAGAAAUGUUACGAGCAGUUUCCUCUGGAACUGAAGAAGAGACUGAAGAAACUGGCUGAGACUGUCGGACGCAAGUAGACCUCCGAGUCCCUAGGGGCGACACUCGACAACAUGUUCAGUAGCUUUCCCAACGUCCCAGAAACUCUGGACAAUUCCCUGCCUUUCCCGGAUGUCCUGCUUAUUCCCUAUUGAUUCUGGGGAUCUUCCAUUUCGGGGGUUUCUAGAAACCUGGGAUUUUAAGAAAGUUACUGGAGGUUUGCGGGUUAGCAACGCUGAACCCUGUAUUAACCUGAACAAGUGCCCAAAUUAGUCAAAGGAAUUGUAUAAACGUGUCAGAUUUCAACUCAAAGUCCUGUCUGUUCCAGUAUUUUAGUAUUUGACGUCCUCAGAUACUCAGUAUAACGUGUUUGAAUCUUUUCUCACUUUUUAAUGGAUUAUUUUUGUGCACGUGGCUUUAGCAUGUGGAGCUGUUUUUCAGAUGUUCAGAGUCGUAUUCAAACAAUAUAGAACCUCAUUCUGCCUGACAAUGACCUAUGAAAGCAUGGAGGAGGGGGGGGGACGAUGGGUGAAAUGCAUUUAGACAUUGUUAAGAAAUAAUACAUUUAACUGAUCUGAUCUAGUUUGGCCACGAGCGGACCAAAUGAACAGCAUUUAUAAAGGGUUAAUGACGUCUAACCAAAUACUUGCACGCUGUCUUAAAGAGAUGAGAAGGUGCUUGUCGUACUCUUUAAAAUAGCUUUUGUCUUGUGCCUUGGGUAUGAAUAUACACCGAGUAUACAACAUAUUUCCAUGGCAUUGACUGAUCAGGUGAAAGCUAUGAUCCCUUAUUGAUGUCUCUUCAAUCAGUAGAUGACAGAUGUAAAGAAGGAUUUUUAGCUCGGUACUAAUGUUAGGUAAGCUCAGUGUAUAUUUUAUACUGCAUUAUAUACUGUAAGGGUGUCAGAUAAUAUGCAUGUGGUUGUCCAAUAUACUGGCAUGUGAUCCAGACUUACUACAACUGCCUUAAUCAGAGAAUAUUCCUCACUCCUGUGGAAGAAUGAGAAUUCUAGCUGUGUAUCAGAAUGUGGAACCCAUGACUCUGGUAUGUCAUCUAGGAGUCUGGUAUGUCAUCUAGGAGUCUGGUAUGUCAUCUGGGAGUCUGGUAUGUCAUCUAGGAGUCUGGUAUGUCAUGUAUCCUAACAUUUGCUUGUAAUAAAAUAAAAUGUCAUGAGUUGGUUUGAAUAUUACUCCCAACUGUUUCAGAGGAGGAGAGUUGGAAGGAGAUGGACAUGUCUCAGCAUGCUCCUCCAUCUUGUUCUGUCACUGAGUCGCUGACCUGUAUAGUUAGGGGAGUGUUUCAAUGGAGCACAAUCGCUUAAGUUGAAUUAGCUAGAUGGGUGUGAUACAUAUACUAUGUAAAGGUCUUAAACACACUGAUAGUUGGGUUAGAUGAAUUAGCUAGAUGGGUGUGAUACAUAUACUAUGUAAAGGUCUUAAACACACUAAUAGUUGGGUUAGAUGAAUUAGCUAGAUGGGUGUGAUAAAUAUACUAUGUAAAGGUCUUAAACACACUGAUAGUUGGGUUAGAUGAAUUAGCUAGAUGGGUGUGAUAAAUAUACAAUGUAAAGGUCUUAAACACACUAAUAGUUGGGUUAGAUGAAUUAGCUAGAUGGGUGUGAUAAAUAUACUAUGUACAGGUCUUAAACACACUGAUACUUGGAUUAGAUGAACACUUUGAUAAAGGAGGCAUUUAUGCAUAAAGAGAAAUAAUGGGAGUUGCUUUAUGAAUUUGUUGACUGGAACAAAUCUAGUUUUAAAAGACAAUUUAAUAAACAUGUUUCAGAGUUUGUCUAUGAAUAAACAAAAGUUACGUAGUAAAAAAGAAAUGGUGAAAACGGAUCAUCACUUGUAGUUUCUCACAGAAAACUGAUCAUCACUUGUAGUUUCCCACAGAAAACUGAUCAUCACUUGUAGUUUCCCACAGAAAACUGAUUAUCACUUGUAGUUUCCCACAGAAAACUGAUCAUCACUUGUAGUUUCCCACAGAAAACUGAUCAUCACUUGUAGUUUCCCACAGAAAACUGAUCAUCACUUGUAGUUUCCCACAGAAAACUGAUCAUCACUUGUAGUUUCCCACAGAGAACUGAUCAUCACUUGCAGUUUCUCACAGAGAACUGAUCAUCACUUGCAGUUUCUCACAGAAAACGGAUCAUCACUUGCAGUUUCUCACAGAAAACUGAUCAUCACUUGUAGUUUCUCACAGAAAACUGAUCAUCACUUGCAGUUUCUCACAGAAAACUGAUCAUCACUUGUAGUUUCUCACAGACAACUGCAGAGGGAAGCAGUUCCACUCAGUCACACGACAUUGAGUGUACGAAAGGUCAAGGACACCUGCUCUUUCUAUGACAUUGACUGACCAGGUGAAAGCUAUGAUCCCUUAUUGAUGUCACUUGUUAAAUGGUCAACAAAUCAAUGUAGAUGAUGGGGAAGAGACAUGUUCAAGGAUUUUUAAGCCAUGAGAUAAUUAAGUCAUGGAUUGUGUAUAUGUGCCAUUCAGAGGGUGAUUGGGCAAGACAAAAGAUUUAAGUGCCUUUGAACGGGGUGUGCUAGUAGGUGGCAGGCGCACUGGUUUGUGUCAAGAACUGCAACGCUGCUGGGUUUUUUCACUCAACAGUUUCCCGUGUGUAUCAAGAACAGUCCACCACCCACAGGACAUCAGACCAACUUGACACAACUGUGGGAAGCAUUGGGGUCAAUAUGGGUCAGCAUCCCUAUGGAAUGCUUUGGCACCUUGUAGAGUUCAUAUGGGUCAGCAUGAAUCUGGUAUGUCAUCUAGGAGUCUGGUAUGUCAUCUAGGAGUCUGGUAUGUCAUCUAGGAGUCUGGUAUGUCAUCUAGGAGUCUGGUAUGUCAUGUAUCCUAACAUUUGCUUGUAAUAAAAUAAAAUGUCAUGGGUUGGUUUGAA